AUGAUCACAACCGGUCCAUCACUUGGUCCACGAUAUUUAAAAAUGAAGUCAGUGUCAGUGGAGAAGGAUGCAACACAAAAUCAAAUUCUGACAUAUUGUCCACUGCAAUGUCCAGAAGCUGAAUCGGCUUAUGUGAUGUUGAAACGUCCCUCAAACAACAACAAAUGUUUGGCUUUUUUCACAUAUAAUGUCGCACAACGUAAAAAUGACUGGUUCCUGUGGCGAUCCGGAAAGUGUCUCUUUGAAGAAAUACAAUUCGAUGUUGGUUGCACAUUCCCAUUUAAGAAGAAUAUGAAUUCCAAGACAAUUAAGCAAAACGUAGAAGUCGCAGAAUGA